ACACCCCCACAAUCGUCCUAUCGAGGUGUUAGGCGACCUACGGCUUUUUGAUGAAAAUGGACCCUGGUUGCCCGACAACAGCAGAAGCAUGGAACCAAAAAUCGUCUGAAAAAGCAUGUUCCCCGAGAGACUACUACCACUGUAUACAGACACAACAUCAUAAAGUAACUGAACGAUGUGAAAGUCCUAUCUGGAUUGAGGGAGGUAAUUGUUCCAUUUUCAACAAGACAUUGAAGUCCAUACCAUGCAUAUCCAAAUCAUCAAGUGCGUGCCCAACAGUCAUUUACAAAUCAAAUACAGUGUUUAACUACCCAGCGUGUUUUCCUGACGCAAGUAUUUAUUCAGCAACUUCCCGGGCUCAACAACAAACCAGAUCAAUACAGGGAACGAGCAUUAAUAGUGGGGGAGAUGGUUUUAAAAAUAUUUUUUCAACAACUACCCGAGGUGUUAACCAUGCUGUUCAACAACAGAACACAUCAACAAUCAGAACGAGUACACACGACGGGGGAGCUGGUCCGGGGCUCCUGGCGCUAAUCCUUCUCAUCAUUCCUGUGGUUAUUGGUGUUAUUGUUUUCUUACAAAGAAGAGGGUACAUCAAACGAUGGCGAGGAAACAUCAACAGAAGACGUCAUCCUGACAAUAUGACCGAGCAUUCUGCAUCAUCUUCACCUUGUGAUGCAGGUCACAUGGGAAGUAGGAGCAAUGUUAAAAACGACCGUGACGAAAGAGAAGCGUUGAUAUGUACCAAUGACUCUACUACUCUGUCAGCUGAAGGAUGUGAUACGACUGUCGUACAUCGACCGCCUGCUGGAGAAAGUCAAAGUUUGGGAAGAACAAAGGAAAUUCAGUCAACUACCAAAGGGCGGCGGAUACACGUGGUUAUGCCGAACAUAUCUUUUAUUGAUGGGGUGGUAAAAUCACUGUCCUCUCUAAACAUCAUGGUAUUUACUGGAUUACCAGGAAGUGGAAAGACUUCUAUCGCUAACGAAACUGUUGUGUCUGUUUGUCAAAAUUUCAUCACUGGAGCAGAUGUUCGGCACCCGAAGAACAUGAAAGAGUUGGAGGGAAUUCUUACGGACAAGGCAACUUUCCUUAUUGUGGACGAGUAUAUCAAAAGUUGGUUCAAUAAAAACAUUAUUGAUGCUUUACUUAAAAAUGUUGAAAAUGUAGUAAAAGCUGGAAAGGGGAAGGUGCAUGCAUUAAUAUGUGUUCCAGACACUCUGUCAAAAAAUGUCGAAGAAUUCCUAAAGAAUAGUUCUUUGCAGUAUGAAAUUUAUGAUCUAAACGUAAAAGGGUACACCGAAAAAGACUGGGGAGCAAUAUUUGACACUCAUAUGCAAAGUAGAAUAGAUUGGAUCAGGAAUCAAAAAUACCAGAAAAGGGACAUCGAUAAAUACAGAGAGGCUUACAUUAAAUGCAAACCUAUUCAUAUAGGGAAACCGAAGAUACCGCUUCUUCUCUUUCAAAACGAAUAUUAUUUUAAGAAUGCUUCCAAAUUUCUCGAGAACCCAUAUGACUCAAUAUUGCAGCGAAUAACUGCUUUAUCCGAAUCAUGGUGGUCAUCCAAUGUACGUCAUUUUGUUUUCCUCGUAAUUGUCAUGUUACACAAUGGAGAAGCAAAGAUUGAAGACAUAGAUAGAUAUAUGGUCAAUGAAAUAUGUCGAGUAUUUCAAGUGAGGACACUUACAUUUCCCAAUGACUUACAACUUGAUGAGCUGGAACAAUAUGGAAACAUUGUCUCAAUACGCUGCAGAGAAACAGUUCGUGUCACGUUUGAUGUUCUUUGGAAGAAAAGGAAAGAUUUGAUCAUCAAAUACUGUGAUGAUGAAUUAUUUUUGGAACGUGUCUCUUUACGUGGAGUGACAAAACAUGAUCUCCUUGCAAUAAACGAACGGUUUCAGUCGAUGAUAUCAGCUGGGACACCGUACGUAAGGGAACACAAUAUCUUGGAAGAAUUGGGAUCGAAAUGUUCUACUUUAGAUAAAGAAACGGGUUUUUGAGACAUAUUUUGAUAGCUUGUAAGGAGUAUUUUAUUUGGUUGUUCAGUCUGUGAUCAAGGUUUAUCUUAUACGUGUGGUGUAUAUUGAAAGUGAGAUAAAGCAUUAGCUUUAUCACACGCCCGUUUGAUUAAGCACUUCCGGUCCGAACUACUUUUGACAAUGUUCCCGCUUGGAUGACAUAUUUUCUGUGUUUAUGCAUACAUGUGUAUCGAUGCAUGAAAUAAAGCGUAAAACUUGUUAUUCUGUAUUUAUUUAGA